AUGGUUUUAUUCAAGUCUUCCAGGUCUCCCCUCCCGGUCGGCUCUUCGCCCUCCCGCCGUGCCGCCAAAGGUCGGGUGAUCGGGCCCUUGGUGGGUGAAGUGCUGGGUGCCUGUGAUGCGCGGCUGGAGGGCGAAGAGCCAGGUCUGGUGAUCUAUGUGGUGGAGGCAGCCUCCUUGGUCUGCCUCCAGGCGGCGCUCGAGGCCACCGCGCCAGUCGCUCCGUGGCCAAGCUGGGGGGCUUCGUUGCAGCUGGAGCUGUGGGAGGUGGAAGGGCAGCUCUCCCUGUCCCUCCGACCGCGAGAGGAGCUCGACUGGACAUGCUCCACUGCGCGGGCGCAGAUCCCGCCCUCCGCGCCGCUUCCAUACCUGCCAUUCCGCCAGCGCUGGCACAUGGAGAUGGCAAACGGAUGA